AUGGCCGAAAUGACAGAGAAAAAGAAAAGCAAGGAAAAUGAAUUUCAUUUUGAUGAGGUUUCUGAAAAGAAGCCAGUCGAGCUAAGCUUGACACCAACAGACGAGAUACUCGACUCACUCGAAAACACACACAAUGUGCAGAAAAUCGUACGCGAGGGAGUCUUGCUUGCAACGGGCGCUGCUGCAAUCCUUCUUCAGGUAGCCAUGCCGGGAGUCGCCAAAGGCGUCGACAACCACAGCAGUUUUGCCUACCGCCCAUUGGACCGAUUGCGUACCACGCUCACCUACGUGUACUGCAUGGCGUUCGGCACCAAACAGGAAAAGAAAUUUAUCAUUGAAAUGGUCAAUCGCGCACACUCGACUGUGCGUGGCCCGGACUACUCCGCUGACGACGUAGAGUUGCAGAUGUGGGUAGCAGCAACGCUUUAUGCAAGCGGCAUCUUCAUCUAUGAAGAGGUAUACGGGGCCAUUGAGCCUAGUAAGGCUGAUAAGAUCUACGAAGAAUACUCCGUUCUCGCUGUAUCUCUGAGAGUGCCGCGGUCGCGCUGGCCCAAAGACCGCAAGGAAUUCUGGGCAUACUGGCACAAGACAAUCGACAAACUCGAAAUCACCGAUCAUGCGAGAACCAUCGCCAAUGACUUGCUUUACAACCAACAUCUGUUUCUUCCCUUGCGUCUGGGACUGCUUCCCAUUGUGCGCAUUAUGACUGCACAAAUGUUGCCUGAACCUAUUCGUGAAGGCUAUGGGUUGAAGUCAGGUCGCCUGCGACGCACAACUUAUAAAACCAUCAUUCUCGGAGCCAAGAUUGCAUAUCCUGUCAUUCCAAAGUUUGUCCGAACACUUCCGGUCAAAUAUUACAUGAGAGACAUGCGCAAACGGAUGAGGAACAUGGUUUAA